AUGUGGUUCACGCAGUCAUCCAAUCUAAACAAGCAUUACUUAACGCAUACAAACGAGAGGCCGUUUCGGUGCAAUUGGCCCGACUGUGAGAAGCGAUUCAAACAGUCAUCUAAUCUAAACAAACACAAACUCGUCCACACCGGUGAAAAGCCAUACAUCUGUGACUUUCCUCAAUGUCUGAAGAAGUUCUCGCAAUCGAGUAAUUUGAAGAAACAUAAAUUAGUUCAUUCC